CCCCUCUCUCCCUACUCCCGCAGGCAGGCAGGCAGGCGAGGAAGGGGUUCGCGCCACCCCACCCUAGGGCGCCCACAGAGGGAGGCGGUGCAGCCCCUCUCGGGCGCUGCUCCGUGAACCCAGAUCCCCAAAGGCUGCCAGUGCUCCCGUGGCAACCCCUGAGCCAUCCUCGAAGGGGAGGGUCAGAAGGGAAAGCCCUCCCCCCAGAGGUGGAAGGAGGGACGUGGGAUCCUUGGCUUGCCCCAUGGAGGAAGUGGGGAACCUGAUUUUAUUUUAUUUUAGCAACGCCGAGGUGGUCCGUCUUCCCCCUCUGCCUUCCGCCCCCAUUUUCCUUCUUAGCAGUGGAUUCAGACGUGCUACACACAGUUUGUGAAACAGAAUACGAGAAUUCCAAUCGCUUCCCUCAACUCAGCGGGAUGUAAUGCCAUUUGAUCUGCCAUCCUCACUUCCUUACUAAAUAAAAGAAAAAAGGCAGGAUAGAAUUGGGAUGGGAGGGGGUAACAUUUUUUAAUAAACCAACAUACCAACAAACAGAAGUAGCAAAAUCAAUCACCAUAUGCUGUAGGUUCUGUCUUGCGGUACUGUGCUCUCCACCUUGAACCUAGUAAACCUCCCAAACGUUAUUUGAGGUGUCACCUGCUGGGUUAAUUUCAGCAGGUCUUGCUGAAAUCCAGUAGUCCCAGGGGUAUUUUGAAUUUCUGUGCCUUCAAGGGUCAAGGAGACCAGUUAACUCCCAGCAUUGUUCUUUGUUGGAUUAGUUAUUGAAGAGAUGGCCCAUACUGCUGCCAACUGCCAUUUUGAAAGGAUGAUAGGGACAGGAUCCACACUCCCAUUUCACUCGCCGAUAGUCUUAAUAUGAAGACCUUCAUUUAGAGGAGUGGGCUCGUGAAGUUAGCAGCACCCACCAUGGUGGACGUUCCCUCUUCUCCUGCCCAUGAAGCGGAUUUCUCACCAUGUCGCAUACCUGAGAACGGCUCUGUGGGAUCUGAGCUGCCGGUAUCCCUGGAGGACUGGAACAAUGGUGAGAAGGAGCUGGAUUUCGCCGGAAGCUCUGUAGGCCACUCUAGGAAAAAGCACUUUCUGUGCAAGGAUACCACCGCCGCCACCUCCAAGACUGAGGUGAGGGUGGCAGAACUGCAACACUCCUCCCUCUCCAGCCACAAGCCCCAGCAGUGUAGAAAACAAGGGUUUGUGGCCCAGGAGGUGGGCAGGCCUAUAGGCAGCAUGGAGGAAGCUGGGCCUUCCCAUGGGAGGCAUCUACAGUCUCAGGGUACCUGCAAGAAGAAGGGAACUGCGGAGAAUGGGCAGGAGGUGCGGGAGAAUCUAGACGCCCAAGCUCCCUGCUCAGAUGACGUGGUGCAGCUGAUAAAUGAAGAUGGGGUGUAUUCCUCAGCCAAGCUGGUGCCCACUACAAAGGUGGCGCUCUUGUCGUGCCUGCCACAGCGUUUGGAGCACUGCAGAGGGGAGGAUUUUGAGAUCCGGGAGGUGAUCGUGGACGAGAAGCCAUUCCAGUGUGCCAUCUGCGCCAAGGCUUUCAAGCGGGCAUGGGAGCUGUUCAGCCAUGAAGUGGUGCACAAUGAGGAACGCCCUUUCUGCUGCCAGCUGUGCCAGGCCUCAUUCAAGCGCCAUUCGGACUACAAGAGCCAUGCCCUCGUGCACACGGAAGAGCGGCCCCAUCGCUGCGAGCUCUGCGGGAAGCGUUUCAAGCGCGCCUCCAACCUCGCCGAGCACCGGCGCAUCCACUCGGGGGAGCGCCCUCACCGCUGCACCGCCUGCACCAAGCGCUUCAAGACUCCCUACGAGCUGCAGAGGCACAUGCUGACACACUGCGCGGAGCGGCCCUUCGCCUGCACCGCCUGCGGGAAAGGCUUUGCCGCGGCGGGGGCCCUCCUCCUGCACCAGCGGCAGCACUGUGACGACAAGCCCCACGUCUGCGGCGUCUGCGGCAAGCGCUUCGCCUACGGACACAGCCUGCGCGUCCACGAGAGGGUGCACACCGGGGACCGCCCGUUUUCCUGCGUCCUCUGCGGCAAGGCCUUCAGCGUCCAACGCGCUGGCCUCGCACGAGCGGGUGCACACGGGGGAGCGGCCCUUUGCCUGCGCCACGUGCGGCAAGGCCUUCAAGCAGUCCUCGUACCUGGCCAUCCACGCGCGGUCUCACACUGGCGAGCGCCCCUACGCCUGCGGGGUGUGCGGCAAGGCCUUUGCACGGCCCUCACUCCUCCUGCAGCACCAGCGCGUCCACAGCACUGAGCGGCCUCACCGGUGCCGGCACUGCAGCAAACUCUUCAAAGACUUGGCCUACUUGGCCGUGCACGAGAAGGUGCACACCGGCGAGACCCCGUACAAGUGCUCCAUGUGCCAGAAGGGCUUUGCGCACCCGUCCAACCUCCUUCAGCACCAGCGAAUCCACCGGGAUGGAUAGCAAGGGCGGACGCAAAGAAUAAUUUGUCAUUCGAUGUAACUUUACGUUCCCCGACUAACAGAAACACAGCAGUUUCUGUUCACCUGUGCGCUCCAACCUGCAUCAGUGCCACGCGUGCAUGCUGCGGUGGACGGAGAGCAUCACUUGCAUGCCCUUUUGCACAUUCCCCAAGCCAUGCUCAAGCUUGCCUGGGCGUGCGUUGUUGUACACAAAUGCACUAUGAUUCCCCGCCCCUGCAGCAGCACGAAAAUAAAUAGUAGCUGGAGUAUGAGGAGCAGGGCUCCGUGUAUUUCACACAAAAUUGCACCCUCUGAGAAUCUGUGCUGUAGCUUGGUUUUUCAUCCUGCAGGCAUGUUUCUAGUCCAUAAGAUUAUAGAAAUAAUGUUGAAAACCAUGCAUGGUGCAGUUUUGCAAAUCAGAGCCAUAGGGCUGAACAGGAAAUCUACAGGAGCUGCAGUGCUCUGGGUAACCCUUUGUCCUUUUCCUUAGCUAGCAAAAACAGAAGGCAAUUGUGUAAUAUACCGUAAGCAAAUGUAUGCACAUUGGCUUAAUUUGCAUAA